CCACGGUUGUUCUUGCCUUUAAAUUGAGCCACGUUCACAUGAUGCGUGUGUACAAUACAAAAGCGUGGACUGCAGAAUAAAAGGGCAGUGUCAUAACACACCUCUCAUACUAAGUGCUGCCCUGCCAAGAUGGACAAGUUUAUUGGACUAGGAUUGCUGCUAUUAGCUGGUAUUUCUAAUGCAUUAUACAGUAGUACAUCAGACGUAGUUCAACUUACGGCCAACACAUUCCAAGACAAAGUUGUAAAAGGAGAUGGCGUAUGGAUGGUAGAAUUUUAUGCUCCAUGGUGUGGACACUGUAAAAGUUUGGUUCCAGAAUGGAACAAGGCAGCCACAGCUCUAAAGGGUAUUGUAAAUGUUGCAGCCGUAGAUGCUACUCAACAUGAAUCAUUAGCAAGCACCUACGGCAUCCGUGGUUUUCCUUCUAUCAAAAUAUUUGGCGCUAAUAAGAAAACCCCAAAAGAUUAUAAUGGUGCCAGAACAGCAGCCGGAAUAACUGAUGAGGGUUUGAAAGCUGCCAAGGAAAUGGUGACUGGGAGACUGGGAGGAAAGAAGUCAAGUGGAGGAGGAGGGGGAGGUGGGUCUGGAGGAUCAGGGGGAAGUGGUGGCUCGGGAAGUGAUAAAGAUGUGAUCACACUGACAGACGCUAACUUUGAUGAGCUUGUUGUAGACAGUGACGAUAUAUGGUUGGUUGAGUUCUACGCUCCAUGGUGCGGACACUGCAAGAACCUGGCACCAGAAUGGGCUAAAGCUGCAGCACAACUCAAAGGCAAAGUCAAACUUGGAGCUCUUGAUGCCACUGUACACACGGUUAAAGCCAGUGCAUUUGGGGUGAGAGGAUAUCCAACCAUAAAGUAUUUCCCAGCUGGAAAGAAAGACAUGAGUAGUGCUGAAGACUUCAACGGCGGUCGCACAGCAUCAGAUAUUGUGCGCUGGGCAGUGGGUAAAGUCAGUGAGGCUAUGCCGGCACCAGAGGUUGUCGAGGUAACUGGGGAGGAAGUAUUGAAAGAAGCUUGUGAGAAACAUCAACUUUGUGUCAUCUCAAUUCUACCACACAUCUUAGACUCAGGAGCAGUUGGACGUAACACGUAUCUCCGUCAACUUAAAGAUAACACUGAGCGCUACAAGUCCUGGGGAUGGGUUUGGGCUGAAGCUGGUGCGCAGAUGGAUUUGGAGGGCGCCCUCGGCAUCGGUGGAUUUGGCUACCCAGCCAUGGCAGUUCUUAACUCUCGUAAAAUGACAUACACUAGACUAAAGGGAUCCUUCGGCAAAGAAGGCAUCCAUGAAUAUCUCAGGGCUGUUGCAAUGGGAAGAGGUUUGUCGACUGAAGUUAUCGGCGGAAAAAAAUUACCAGUCAUCAAUAAAUCAGAGCCAUGGGACGGUAAAGAUGGAGUGUUACCAGAGGAGGAUGAUAUUGACCUUAGUGAUUUUGACAUGGAUGCUGAAGACGGCAAAGAUGAACUAUAAAAUAAAUCAGCAAUACACACCGAGUGGUGGUGAACUUUUUAUGUACAGCAUUUUGGUUUGUCUUAGUUUUUUUAUCUAUAAUUAUUUGACAUCCCUGAGUUGAUUGGUAGAACAAAAAAAAACAUUCUGGGCAAGUAAUGUAAUGCCAAAUUAAGAUCUUUUGAAUGUGACCUCCACUCCUUCGGUGGAUGUAGUACUUUUCUUGUUUAAUUUCCUGCUUAUUCCUGCUGCCUUCAUUCAGAUCAAUAAGUGGGUUGGGGAAGCUUUACUCCACUUCUGUAUUUAAAUUGUUUUAAAACAUUAAGACAUAGUAGAAAGGAGAAAUGAAUUAUUUCUUUAAUUUUAAUUAUUUCUUCCAAUCUACCAAAGUAUGUUGAAUAAAGAAAGGUUCAA